AUGACUUCGACUCGGAAUUACAAUUGGCAUCAAGUCAAACCCGGUGUUUGGCAACGCCAUAUCGAUGAAAUCGAACAAUUCUACUCGACGAUGGUUGUUCUCUACGAGGGAAGCGGUCGCAUGUUCUUUGGAAUGACAGGGCACGUUUCACUCUCCAUCAAGAACACCAGAGGCUUGUCGCAGAGUGAUGCUGAGCUUGAAGUUGACAAAGCCUUGAGAAAAGCAUGGCUUGCACUUCGUCACGCUCACCCUACACUUGCAUCCCAAGUUACUCAGAACGCCGAGUCAGGAGAUUGGGUCAAGACUUAUAGAGAGCUUCAGAGCGGAGCAGAUAAGGACGCUUGGCUGGAGAGGACUCUUGUCCAUAUCUCCAGUGGACAGACUGGGGAUCAAUGGGCCAACUCAGACCCUCCUGCUCCAAAACUCCCAACCAUGUUUGUCUUGCAACUUCCAGCCGAGUGCGGCGAAGAUGGGCCCGUGACGAUCCGCCGAGACCUUGUCUUCCGCUCUCCUCACGACAUCAUUGACGGCAUCGGAACUCUCAUGAUGCUCAACAACUUCAUAUCCCUCGCCUCAGAAGCUUACGACAAGGGCAAUGACUAUGAACUCCCAGCCCUCGAUGGCAGCGAGACUUCACACCUGAGUCCGUCCUAUCGAGUAGCCGCUCAAAUCCCUGAAACUCCCGAUCAGACUCAGCUGGAUAGACUUAGGAAGAUGGCAGCUCAAAAAGCCGCUGCCGCUUCUAAUCCCAGCGUGGAGAUUCUUGCGCUUCCUUAUCGACAGGGCGAUCUACUUCCGGGCCGUCAUCAGCGCUUGGCACUCACUCUAACCAGAGACGAAACGCAACAGCUGUUGGCGGCGUGUAAGAUGGUUGGAGCUACGCCGACACACGUCUUCCAUGCUGCAGCUGCUAUGGUAGUGCGAGACCUACAGAAUAAACCAACUCAGACCAAGCGAGUUCGAUACAUCAACUACAUCCUACGCAACGAGCGCUCAAGUUGCAAGGCACCAUAUAACACAGCUCAACAUCCAGCGUCUGUCUAUCAUUCCGUCUCUGGCCAAAGCCUCGUUGUCGACAUGGAUCUCCACCCAUCUUCCACAAACCCAGACUUACAAACUCGCAAGAAAGAAUUCCUUUCCAUUCUUGAAUCCGUCAAAGACUUCUAUCUCACCGUCAAACAAGACGGGGAAUUCUACGUCCUCGCCCCAACCAUGUUCUCCCAAGCUACACCGCUGCUACCCUCUGGUCCUCGUCCGCUGCCAGUGCCAGAGCCGAAUGCUCACCCGUCUGUAUCGAUCUCGAGUAUGGGGCGUACCGAUGCUAUCGUAGCGCCGGAGACGGGGGCGUUCGAGGCGAGAGAUCCGUGGGUGACGGGUGAAGAGCUCGGCAACGGGCUGGGUUUGUUUCUUGGUACGUUUCGGGGAGAGCUGUGCUUGAGUGCUGCGUAUAAUGAGGCUUGGCAUACGGCUGUGGAUGUGAAAGGAUAUCUAGAGCGUUGUAAGGAUGUUGUGUUUUCCGGUCUUGGGAUCGAUAAGCCGUGA